UUAGCAUCCAAAGUACAGAUUUCAAAGUUUAACUCUUUGCAUACGACGCAUCGGAUACUCGGCACUCCGGUAUUUCUCUACAAUACCGUUUCCACGGGUCACCCUUCCCGCCAUGUCGCUUGCGAAAGUUCUGGAACAACCCGCUGUCAUUCCUUGUACGCCACCCGUAACUCCCACUCCAACUCCUCCCGCCAUAUCUGCUUUCAAAUACAAAUUUGGCGAUGAAGGAUACUUACUGGAUUAUCACGGUACCCGGGUCAUGUAUCCCAUGUACGAAAGCCUGCCGGUUGUGGAGCGCUUUGAAGCGGACAAAAAGGACAUCUGCAUAGUGACCUUUCCUAAAUCAGGGACGCAUUUCAUGGGAGCAAUCGUCUGGAUGAUUCUGCAUGACGGCGAACCUUCUUCACUGCUGGAGGGCGAUGUGUUAGAUGGAAAGGUCCCUUGGUUAGAGUACUCGAUGCCGGGAAUGAAAGCGAACAUGCUGCCGGCUCAUACAAUGACCGGACAAGAAGGGCCACGUGUCUUCUUUACUCAUUUGGGAUACAAUGCGCUGCCGGAGAGUAUCAAAACCCAAGCCAAGGUGAUUUAUGUUGCUCGCAAUCCAAAGGAUGUCAUCGUCUCUGCGAACUAUUUCUUCCGGGCGUUGACCUUCACCGGGUGUAGCCAUACCAUGGAGGAGACUAUCCAGUCUUUCAAGAACAACACCUGUGUUUAUGCGCCCUACUUCGAUCAUGUCGCCGGUUACCGACGAAAGGUGUCCGACAUGACCAAUUUAUUUUUUGCCACUUACGAAGAGAUGGUGCAGAAUUUAGAGAAUGCUGUAAAAGGAGUAGCUGGUUUCUUGGGAAAGCAGCUGACUGACGCACAGAUAGCCAAUAUUGUGCGAUACUGCUCGCAUGCCGAAAUGAAAGUCAACGGUGUGACCAGUCAUAUCCAUCUGCACAAACUGGGCCUGAUGGAUUUCAACAUUGCCCCUUUUAUGCGGAAAGGUAUCAUUGGGGAUUGGAAAGAACACUUCAGCCCGGAGUUAAACCGCCAGGUGGAUGAAUGGAUUGAGCAGGAAGAGGACCGGGUCCAGCACGACCUCAAGGGAUUCCGUUUCCAGUACGAGGCAUAAAGUAUCGGUCAUGAUGAGUUUUUGCUUUGCUGCAUAUACUGGAUGCUUCUCAAUACCGCCUUUCACUCUGCAAUGCGCAGAUAACGCUGUACAGCUCCUAUAUAUCACUGUUAUCAAUACGUAUUCAAAUACUAAAAAUCCGUGAAAUUUUACUGUGAAACUGUUCGCCUGUGUACAUACUACAUGCCUGUGAAUAAAU